AUGUCACGCCUUCAGGUCCGCUCUUACUCUAGCCCCGUUUCCUCACGCGCCAUCGAUCUGCUGACCGAACUCCACGGCCAUAUGGGCUUCGGGACGCUCAGGCCAGAGCUCGCGCACCAACUGUUCGACGAAAUGUUGGGCCAACCUGUCCCAGUAUCGGUGCGUGCACUCAACGGCUUAUUUGCUGCACUCGCGCGUGCGCCGCCCUCAACCGCCUGCACUGAUGGCCCUGCCCUCGCCGUUGAUCUCUUCAACCAUAUGGCCCGAGCAGGCCGCCGCUGGAUGACAGCACCCACCAUUCACACCUACAACAUACUAAUUGACUGCUGCCACCGAGCAUGCCACCCAGACCUAGGGCCCGCCUUCUUCGGCUGCCUCCUCAAGACAGGAGUCACAACGAGCCCCAUUACCUACAGCAGCCUAUUCAAGUGCCUCUGUGACAUGAAGCGCACAGAGGAGGCUCUGGACAUACUGCUCCAUAGGAUAGCCGACGACCUGCCUAAUGUCAUCUCCUACUCGGUGAUUCUCAAGAGUUUCUGCGACAGUGGGAGGAGCCAGCUUGCGCUUGACCUGCUCCGGGUGAUGGCCAAAAAAGGUGGUGACCGCUCUCCCGACGUGAUGUCAUACAACAUGGUAAUCGAUGGCUUCUUUAAGGAGGGUGAAGUAAGCAAAGCAUGCGAUCUAUUCCAUGAAAUGAUACAACAGGGGGUAGUGCCUACUGAGGUGACAUAUAGCUCCAUUAUCAAUGCGCUAUGCAAAGCAAGAGCAAUGGACAAAGCAGAGGUGGUCCUUCGACAUAUGGUUCAUAAUGGUGUCCAACCAGAUGUUGUGACAUAUACUAGCCUGAUCAAAGGAUAUUCAACUUUAGGCCAGUUAAAAGAAGUCGCUAGGUUGUUGAAAGUAAUGAGAAGCCAAGGUGUUAUGCCAGACAUUGUUACCUAUACCUUAGUCAUGGACUACCUUUGCAAGCAUGGAAGAAUCAAAGAAGCUGAGGAAAUAUUUUAUUCCAUGGCCGUGAAUGGCCAAAAACGAGAUACGGUCUCAUACUCUAUUAUGCUCCAUGGGUACGCUAUAGAAGGAUCCCUUGUUCAAAUGAUUGAUCUCUGUGAGCUGAUGGCAAGAGAUGGAGUUGUACCUGACCUCCGUUGUUUCAACAUACUGAUUAAUGCAUAUGCUAAGUAUGGCAUGAUGGAUGCGGCCAUGCUUUUCUUUAAAGACAUGUUGAAGCAGGGUGUGAAGCCUAAUGAAUUCACUUGUUUAACUGUGAUAUCUGCAUUUUGCAAGAUGGGCAGGAUGGAUGAUGCGAUGGAAAAAUUCAAUGAGAUGAUUGAUAUGGGAGUACCACUUGACACAGAAGUUUACAUGUGCAUGGUUGAGGGUUAUUUUAAUCUUGAUGAUUCCAUAAAAGCCAAGGAAUUUAUUACCAAAUUGAAGAACAGGGAUAUUCAUCAUAGGCCGCGGAAAGGUAAUUGAUGAACACACCAUCUUUGACUUGGUUACCCAUACUGGUGAGAUGCCUGAUCCUAGUACAUUCACUAAAAUGACUGAUGGAUAUUGCUUAUCGCCAAGAUGGAGAAUGCAUUCAGAGUAUUUGAGGGCUAUUGUUGUUACGCAACACUUAACUUACCAUGGUUAUGCUCUUAUCUUCUUGAUAUGCUCUAGAUGUGUUGUUAUCCUGAUUGCUCCAGCGUGCACUAGAAUUAGAUA